AUGUUCAUCUCAGCCUGGUCAGGUUUUCAAUCAGAUGAUGGACUCGUUUUGCUUCAUUUCAAGCAUCGCAUAACUCAGGAUCCUCUCCACAUAAUGAGAUCCUGGAAUAAUUCUGUCCAUUUCUGCAAUUGGACUGGUGUUACCUGUAGUGCAAGUAAUGGAAGAGUCACAAUGUUGAAGUUGAAAUCGCAAAAGUUGGCUGGAUCGAUGCCACCUUCUAUUGGAAACCUUUCAUCUCUUGCUGUUAUCGACCUUCGAAACAAUAAUUUCUUUGGUAAGGUCCCUCAAGAAAUAGGCCGCUUAAAGCAUCUGCAGACUCUCAACUUGUCUAACAAUUACUUUUCCGGGAGUAUUCCAACUAAUUUAUCUCGUUGCGAAAAUCUUGGAAUUUUCGGAGCUAAUCACAACGAGUUUAUUGGGCAGAUUCCGGACAAGCUUAGUUCCUUGUCGAAACUGGAAUACCUAGGCCUCACAGGUAACAAUCUUACAGGAAGAAUUCCAGCUUGGAUAGGUAAUUUAUCUUCUCUUUUCUUACUCUCACUUGCACAGAAUAAUUUACAAGGAGAGAUACCUAAGGAACUAGGACAGCUAUCAGCCUUGAGAUUUUUUCAACUUUCUAUGAAUAAUCUAUCUGGCACCAUCCCUAGUUCAAUUUAUAAUCUCUCUACUAUUGACACUUUUGCUGUGACUCAAAACCAGCUGCAUGGGCGGCUGCCUUCAGAUGUUGGUCUCACUCUCCCUAAUCUUAAAGCUUUUGCUGGCGGUAUUAACUAUUUUACAGGAAGUAUUCCUCAGUCAUUGUCAAAUGCUUCCAAUCUUGCUUUCAUUGAUUUUACUGAUAAUGGUCUCACUGGGAAUGUUCCUGAAAGUCUUGGAAGCUUGCGAGGUCUAAUUAGGCUUAACUUUGACAAUAAUAGACUUGGAAUGGGGGAAAAUGAUGAAUUGAAGUUUUUGUCUGUCAUGGCUAAUUGCACUGAUCUUCAAGUGUUGGGCCUUUAUAAUAAUGGUAUUGGUGGAAAGUUGCCUAAUUCCAUAGGAAACAUUUCAACCCAAUUGCAAAUUUUUGAUUUUGGGGCGAAUAUGUUUCAUGGAAAUAUCCCUGUUGAGCUUGGAAAUCUAGUAAACCUAAAUUUAUUGUCAUUGGAAGAAAACAACUUGGCUGGCAAUGUUCCUGAAGCUAUUGGGAGUCUCCACAAGCUAGAAGAAUUUUAUUUAUACUCUAAUAAGUUUUCUGGAUUACUCCCAUCCUCACUUGGCAAUUUGACUAAAUUAAUUACUCUUCUUUUGUACAGCAAUGAAUUUGAGGGAAGCAUACCUCCAAGUCUUGGAAGGUGUCAAAAAUUGCAAGCAUUGCAUUUAUCUAAUAAUAGUCUAAAUGGCACCAUACCCAAAGAAGUUGUCAGUCUUUCCUCCAUUUCAAUUUAUUUGGGUUUGUCUAAUAAUUUUUUGACUGGCUCACUACCAACGGAAGUGAGUAACUUGAAAAAUCUCGUAGAGUUGGAUGUAUCCAAGAACAAAUUAUCUGGUGAAAUUCCUAGUGGCCUUGAUAGCUGUAUUAGUUUGGAACGUCUGUACUUGGGAAGUAACAUGUUUGGAGGGACUAUACCUGAAUCUUUGAAAAGCUUAAGGGGUUUAGAGGAAUUAGAUCUUUCAUCUAAUAACUUAACUGGCCAAAUUCCUGAAUUUUUUAGUCAACUUUCAUCUCUCAAGUAUCUCAAUCUUUCAUAUAAUAAACUUGAAGGUGAAGUACCCAAGGCAGGGAUAUUUGCAAAUGCAAGUGCCAAUAUUUCACUUGUUGGAAAUGGCAAGCUUUGUGGUGGUGUUCCAAAACUACUUCUACCUAUAUGCUCAACCAAAGUUUCUAAAAAGCAUAUUAAUAAAAAGGUAGUAAUUUCAACAACAAUUGGUGUCACAGGUGCAUUUCUGUUGUUGAUUUCUUUUGUUACAUACUAUAAAAGGAAAUCAUCACAGCCAAGUUCCACUGCAUCUUUGAUUGACAGCCAACUACGUCUGUCCUACUCUGACAUUUUAAGAGCAACUGACAACUUUUCUAAUGCAAAUUUGCUUGGUGUGGGUAGCUUCGGUUCCGUCUACAAAGGUACUCUUUCUAGUGAGGGAAAAAUUGUUGCAUUUAAAGUGUUAAAACUUCAAAAUCAAAGAGCCUUAAAGAGUUUUAUCGAUGAAUGCAAUGCUUUGAAGAGUAUAAGACAUCGUAACAUCGUUAAGAUCAUAACCGUUUGCUCAAGUGUUGAUUAUGAAGGUAAUGACUUUAAAUGUCUUGUUUUUGAGUUCAUGCCUAAUGGAAGUUUGGACAAGUGGCUACAUUCGGUUCCUAACGAGCAACCUGGUGGAGUCAAGAACUUGACCUUUAUGCAGAGACUAAAUGUAGCAAUUGAUGUUGCUUCUGCAUUCGAUUAUCUCCAUAACCAUAGUGAGAUACCAAUUGUGCAUUGUGACCUCAAGCCAAGCAAUGUGCUACUUGAUGAAGAUAUGACAGCCCAUGUUGGCGACUUUGGAUUGUCCAAGUUUCUUUUUGAAGCAUCAGAUAAUGUCUCGCAAAACCAAAUAAUAUCAACUACUCUAAGAGGUUCUAUUGGCUACAUUCCUCCAGAGUACGGGAAUGGCCAUGUUUCCAGGCUUGGAGACAUAUACAGCUACGGAAUAUUAUUGUUGGAGUUGUUUACAGGUAAAAGACCAACAGAUGAAAUGUUUGAAGAUGACUUAAACAUUCAUAAGUUCGUUUCAAUGGCUUUUCCAAACCAUGUUAUGGACAUUGCUGACCCAUCACUGCUUUUUGAAGAAGAAAAUGAUGAUGAUAGAAUAGAAGAAUCCGUCGUUAGAAACUUUGAUUCUCAAAGGAAUAAUCAAAAGAAAAUGGAUGAAUUCUUGGUUCCAGUGCUGAAGGUCGGACUCACGUGUGCUGCAACAUCACCAGGAGAGCGAAUGAAGAUGAAUGAUGUGGUCAACAAACUAAAAGCUAUACAAGACUCAUUUCUCAAGUCUAAGGAUAGAAACAGGCGAAGGAGGAGGUAA